UAACGGUUUGUUAUUGGUUGCUAGUGAAACAUGACAGCUGAUUGCACUCGCAAAAAAAAGCGCAUUAAUAGCACUUGACCUACUAAACUUUGCACAUUGAGUGAGGCUUUGUAAUGCUUCAGUCUCCCACAUAUUGUACAGAAAUAGUAUAAUAUGUUUGAAUUUUCAAGUCAUGAUACAUUUGCAGUCGCCUUUGUAAACCAAUGGGUGUUAUACAUUUUCUUCUAAUCAAAACCGUACGCUAAUCUAUUUCUUUGGAAAUUUAAUGAAAGCACAAGCUAAAACAAAGGAGCGUAAAGUAUCUGGGUUGGAAAAAGAAAGAAUUUUAGUAAUUCGAAAAUAUAUGAAGAUUUUUAUUGAUCCCCAUAACAUUGCAAACUCUUUAAAAUUGAAAAAAUUUUUGAAAAUAUAAAAAUAGAUUAACACCGUUUUAUCAGAGAACCAAGAGUUGUAAGAGAAACGUGUAAACUUGAUGCAGUGACAAAACUAGAUUGUGUUCUUAAGUUCAAGAAAAAUUGUCAUUCUAGUGGGAUAUGGCGAAAACAGAGCUUAUGUAUCAAACUAUCAAGCUCUAGUUCUAGUUCUAUUUUGACCGUUAAUAUAAGUGCAGUUAACAAGAACGUCGUGGUUUGUGGUUCAAACUGGUUUCUUGUGAGACAAAUUACGUUUCUCUCAUUAUUAUUAUUCAAGAAGAAAAUGUACGACAUAUUACUGUUAAAAACACUGUUUAAAUUAAUAUUUGUAGAGUACUUUAGAUCUUAUCUUUUAUGUGGAAUCCCCCAUUUUUCGGUACUUUGAUAAUGUUAUAUUCAUUUGACAAAGAUAUGGACAAAGAUAAGAAAGUUACGCAAAUAACUGUCCUACCACAUAAAUUUAUUAUCAGCAGGUUAUGCGUUAGACGAUCCAAACAUUUUUUAUUUUACGUUUUUUCAUAAAUUAAAGUGACCCAUGAUUUAAAGUCUUACUCUGAUUUAAAUUUAAGUGUAGACACAUAUAGUACAUACUUCCUCGACAGGCUGACAAAAAUGAAAAUACCUGCUAACUUGAUCCUGCCACUUCCUCUGGGAAGCCAUAGUCCGUGUCAAGAUCCAUUGAAGCUGUUAAAAAUCCAUCGUUUGAUGCUCCGCCCAGCGACUAUCGGCACGGUUGUGACAUUGAUAACAGCAGCUGUUGUUUUUUUAUUUAACAAUAAUGACGCUUACUUGUCGAAAAAUGGGAAGCUGGCUAUCGCAUCCUUGAUUUACAUGCUGAUAGUUAAUUUACUAAUUUUUUGCAAGCCUGUAAGCAUUCUGGUUUUAUUAACUUUGUAUGCAGCAGCCCAAGUGCUAACCCUUCCAUAUUGUGUCUUGCUCAUCCUUAACAUCCGCCGGUUGAUCGAUGGCCAGUUCGAGAGGCAGGAGUGUGUUAUGGCCGCCCUGGUGCUAGUUCCAGACAUUAUAGGCCUAAGUCUCUUUAUAGUCUCCAUGUGCCUGGGUGGAGGAUUCGGAAGCUCCGACGGAAGUAGCAGUGGAAGUAGCAGUGGAGGUAGCAGUGGGGGUAGCAGCAGUGGCUGUAGCAGCUAGCCCUACUUUUGUGAUGUACUUAAAUUAUAUAUAUUUAUUAUAUUAUCCCAUCUUUGGUUUAGUUGGGUCAAGCAGA